GCCUGCGCGGGGCACACCCAGCUAAGAGGGCAGGCCGUGGCGCAUGCGCACUGCAGGGAAGGCCCCUCCCGGAACAAGCGGCCCGGGCCGAGUGCGGGAAGGUAGUGAGCAGAGUCGGCAGGCGCUGGCAGCGGGGACCGCUUCCGGAUACCAGCUUUAGAAUUGCAACCUUGCCAAUGGACCUGAUUGGUUUUGGUUAUGCGGCCCUUGUGACUUUUGGAAGCAUUUUGGGAUAUAAGCGGAGAGGUGGUGUUCCAUCUUUGAUCGCUGGUCUUUUUGUUGGAUUUUUGGCUGGCUAUGGAGCUUACCGAGUCUCAAAUGACAAGCGAGAUGUAAAACUGUCACUGUUUACAGCUUUCUUCCUGGCCACCAUAAUGGGCGUGAGGUAUAAGAGAUCCAAGAAAAUCAUGCCAGCUGGUCUGGUUGCAGGUUUAAGCCUCAUGAUGAUUCUGAGACUUGUCUUACUGCUGCUCUGAAAAUAUGGAGGAACUGAAAACUAAAUUCAUGCGAUUCUGCUGUAACGGGCAGAGCACAUACUUUGUAUUUAAAAGAUAAGCUUCAGGGAUGCCUGGGUGGCUCAGUCGGGUAAGCGUCCAACUGCAGCUCAGGUUGUGAUCUCUCAGUUCGUGAGUUCGAGCACUGCAUCAAGUUUUGCAACUGGUGGUGCGGAGCCUGCUUGGGAUUCUCUCUCUCUUUCUGCCCCUUCCCCACUUGUUCUCUCUCUCAAAAUAAAUAAGUAAACUUAAAAAAAAGAUGAACAUCAGCAUGGAAUGUUAUGUGUCUUAUUCUACGUUAAAAACAACAGAAACACUCCAAUAUGAACACUAGUUUGAGUAAUUUUUUUUAAACAAAACCUCGACUGUUUUUCUACUUCUCUGAUAAUGGUUUCAUUAAAAAUAUUUAAUAAAUCGUUACAUUCUCUUUCAUUCGCUGCGUCCAGUUUUCAUAUGUGUGGGGUGUUUUAUUUUUUGAUAAUUCCAAACAGUUGGGUCUGAAGUUGAAAUUAAACUGCCAGUUAUCAGAUAAUGGAGUGCCCAAGGUGAACUUUACAAAAUGCUCAUGUAUCUGUCAUUUGCGUUGUAUUAGAAACUAUAUUUCUUCCAUUUUAAUUGUACUACUGCCAGUGUUGUUUUUUUCUCAGCACACUGCGUACUGACGGAAUGUAUUCGGUAUUUAAAUAAAAUGCUUUCUGUUUUAAA